GCACGAGGGAUGUACGGGAUGAGGUGACGAUGUUGAACGCUUUCGGAGAGCAUAUCCACCAGGACUACGGCUACCAUCACCACCACCACCACCACGGCUACCUAGUCAAGAGGGAAGAGUACGGCCAAUACGACUACGGCUACCGGCCGGAAUACCAAGAAUACCCCCAGCCGGGGGCGUUCUUCCGCUACUCGCGGCCCGGGGGCGGGCUCCAGUGCCUGUGGUCGGAAGGCGGGAAGGGCUGCGGCAAGAUGUACGGCUCCAUGCACGAGAUCGUCACUCACCUGACGGUGGACCACGUCGGAGGGCCGGAGUGCACCUCUCACACCUGCUUCUGGCAAGGCUGUCCCAGGUCCGGGAGGCCCUUCAAGGCCAAGUACAAGCUGGUCAAUCACAUCAGGGUACACACCGGCGAGAAGCCCUUCCCCUGUCCCUUCCCCGGCUGCGGCAAAGUCUUCGCCAGGUCGGAGAACCUCAAGAUACACAAGAGGACGCAUACAGGUGAAAAGCCGUUUAAAUGCGAGUUCGAAGGCUGCGAAAGGAGAUUCGCAAACAGUUCGGACCGAAAGAAACAUUCUCACGUCCACACCUCCGACAAACCCUACAAUUGCAGGGUGUCCGGCUGUGACAAGUCCUACACACAUCCCAGUUCCCUUAGGAAACAUAUGAAAGUGCACGGAGGCAGCGGUAAGAGCCCACCCCACGGCUACGAGUCGGAGGACUCGAACAGCAGCUCGGCGGGCUCGAUCUCGGUGGCGGAGACGGCACUGCCGCCGCCCGCCCCCACCGAGUGGUACCCAGAGUUCCCGCCUCCGCCGCACAUCCACCACCCCUUCAUACCGCACCACGGCGCCACCGCCGCCUACUAGUCAGUCCUCACCAUCGUCUUAGGCAUUAGUGGCUCACCAGCUUUAUGGGUUCCAGCUGUGCAUCAUAUUAAGGACUAAACAUUAUAUAUAUAAAGAUUUUUGACAUGUGUUCAAGUGAUUGUACCUUGUGGCUACCAAUCAUGCAAUGGACGUCACUAGACUAUGAUUAGGCACUUGGAGCUUCAACUCCUUGAAAUUCUGUACUUAACUGAAAUUAUUAAUUUUUAUUAUUUAACUUCUAAAAAUUAUUUAUUUGAUUUAUUGACGUAGUUUAUGCAUCAAUAUUACAGCCUCAGUGAAAAAUAGGAUGCCCAAAAUUCUAACUUUUGAGGAAGGAAUAAUGUUUGGCAUUACACCAUUUUGUAAUUUUAUUUAGUGAAAUAUAUUGUUCGUAAGUUAUUUACACAAUAUACAAUUUUUUUCAACCUUGUGGUAGAUCCUAUAGAUAUUUGUCAUAUGAAGUCGAGUUCACCAAUUAUUCUCUGAGAUACAAAAUAUACAUGACUUUUGUUCCAUUAUUGAACGAUUGCAACCAAACAUAUAAUUAAAACAUUCAAAAUUUCAUUUACAAAAGAAGAUCGUAUUAUUUAUUUGUUUUGUUUUAUGAAUGGUUAUAUGCUGUUAGCACUAGUUGAUCCAGUAUUAAAUUUUUUUUUGGGGGGGGGAGGGGAGGGCUUCAGCCUGAAAGUUUUUUUUUCAUAAAAAUAACGAUAAUUACUUUGGAAAAAAAGAAAGAAACUAACUACCUAUAUGGAAUGGUGUUUAAGUGAUUCCUAAAGUUCUUUUAAAUGUAAUUACACGAACAAUAAUACUUUAUGAGAUAAUUUUUUAAUAUUUUUUCCAUAAAACAUGGUUAUAUUUUAUCAUUUUGGGGAGGGGUCGAGGGGAGGGGCUUCAGCCUGACCGCUUUAAUAAUUUUCAUGACAGACUGACUCUAAAUUCCAAUCCACUUACUCAAGCUCUAUCUACUGCCACAAAUCCAUAUAAUCCAUCCAGAAGACAGCUGAGGCGCUGGCCUAGAGUCUCAUUGCAUUGAGCUACUUGCUGCAUUAUCUUUUUUUUUUUUUUCUCUUUUUUUUUUUGUGUUAUUCUGUUAAUAUGUAUGUGUUAUUUUACUACUGUUAUUUUUUUUUUUUCUUUUGAUAUUACUAUUAUUUUUUUUUCUUAUGCUAUCAUUUCUUGUCCUUGAUUUCAUAUUUGCUGAAUACCGAUGUAGAUGGCAAAUUGAUUGUGAGCCAGGAAUAUGUAUAGCUAAUAGUUUUAUACAAUAUAUAUUCAAUUAAAAAAAAAGAAAUUCUGAAACUUUUGGCUUAGUUCAAUGUUAUUCUUAGUUUAUUUUUUAAUUCCUAUUUCAUAACAUAACGUGCAGAUUGAAAAUUUCAGAUAAUAAUUUGGCUUAGGCAAUCUUAUGUUCAAUAAUGGGAAGGAUGUUAUUUUCAAAUAGUUAAUAACUCCCCUUUUGUAUUUUAUACAUAUACAGCCAUUUUUUAAAAACGUUUUUAAUCUUUUUAAUUUAUUUACUAUAUUCAUUUUUUCCUAUUUCCACUUCAUACCUUGCCCAUAUGUCUAAUUUUAUUAUACAAACACUUAUAAUUAGUUGAUAGUGUAUUACUUGUGUAUAAUUUUAGGUGAUAAAUUGGGGAAUAAUGUGUCCCCUCGAAACAUCCGAAUAAAAAUGAAAAAAUACUAUUAAAAGUUCUUGUUUUAUUAACAUAGACUUAUAGGCAAGGUGAAAGGAGUUAAGAGGAAUUGAUGAAGAAAGGUCAGGAGUAUGAACUAAUAAAUAUAUUUUAAUUUCGAAACAAAAAAUUAAAAUUGAGGAUCUAAUGGCUGUUUUUAAAAACAAUUCUUGUUUAUUUUAGUAUUAUUUUUAAAAAAAGUAUAUCUUACAUAAAAUAUCAAUACAAAUCUAUGACUGAGAAAAAUGAUCUGUAAAAUAAAUGUGGACAUUUAGGAAUUCUUGGACUUUCAUGAAAGAAUGUUUUAUAAGUUUGUCAUGUGUUUUUUUUUUUGUUAUUGUAUAAAUUAAACUAAAUCUAUGUUACCUAUUAAAGGAAACUCAUUCAGAGAAUGAUGUGCUCACUUUAAGUAUUUAUAUUACAUAAUCUUCAUGUUAACAGCACUUUUUAUGUACUGCUAUAUGUAAAAUAUGAACUUAAAAUUAAUUUUUGCAUGACUUGAUUUAUAUGUCUCGUUUGUACUAUAUGAAUCACCUUUCUGUACUUUAGCAAGCGCUUAGUUUUUAAAUAUAUUGAUAUAUGUACACAAUUGUAAGAUAUGUAUAAAUAUGAUUAUCUUUUUUAUUAUUUUACACUGAUUAAUUAUUUGUAGCUAUCGGAAGAGCAAAAUAUGUGAAUAUAAGAGAGUUUUGUAAAUUAUGUAUUUAAUAAGAUGUAGAUUUUAGGUUUUUGUCAGAUGAAUGUUAUUAUUUAAUUGGCUUUUACUCUCAUCUGUGAUAUAGCCUUAAUUCCAAAAAUUGGCAUAACAAAUUAAAUUUGUCUAAAUAUCUACAUUUAUUACUUGUUUGUGGUAAUGUAGAUAUGAAAAUUGACAUUAAAAUAAUAAUUCUGCCUUUUUAUACAAUAAGAAAUGUUUGUUUCAUUUUAAGCAUAUAUAUAAAAGAAAAAAUAAUGCAAAUACACUCUUGAAAUCUUUUAUCUUUGACAUUCACUUCUGUGCCUUCAGAGUUCAUUGUAUGUGAUGUGCUAACGUCACUCUGAUUUACAAUCUAAACUAACUGUAUUAAAUAAAUAAAUUAAAAGCUACCUGCAGAUAUUUAUUUUCUUUAAUGUGACCUAUUUUUAGAAUUUUUAGGUUGAAUUCAUUUUAUUUUUGGUAAUAUCUAGAAAAAUACUUUCUCUGUCUAAAGCAAAAAAUAAAUUAUUUAAAAGUCUUGGUUAACUGAGUAAGUCUCUAUUAUGUUUUAUUAAACUACUAUAUAUCAAUAUUACAUAAAUGUUUUAUAAUAAAUUAUUUUAAUUUAAUUUAAAUAAACAUUUAAGAUUUUUAAAAGUCACUAAAUAAUUAAUUUGUGCUGUAAUACUGUUAUCACCUUUAUCUUUAAAUAAUUGAAAAAGUUCCCUCCUAUUAUGAAUAGAUAUUUGUUGAAAAUGGACAAUGUUCACUUUGCUGCAUAUUUUAUAGCUUAUUUUUGGGACCAUUUUACAGCAUUGUUCCAAUCCAGUAAAACUAUUGUUCCACAGAUUUAAAUUCAAUAAUUUAUCAUCUUAUGAUAAUAUUAAAUAUAUAUUCCCGUACAUUAAAUAUUUUAUCAUUUUACCUUAGGGCUGGAUAUUGCGGACAUGAAUCUUCAGGGGAGCUCACUAUUUAUUAGAAAUUAAAAAAAAAAACAAAUUUACUAAAAAAAAAAUAAUUUUAGUCUAUCAGUAAAGUAACCAUAUUCGAGAAAAUUGAAGAAAAUAAAAUUCAAAUAUUAUAUAAAAUAUAAUAGUAUAAGAAAUAAAUUUAAUUUUUUUAGAAGUGGGGAGAGCUGACGUCAUAGCCCGAGGGCUUGGAAUGGCUAAGGUGGACACUGCCGUUUCACUACCCCACUUGAUUAUGGUAUAUGAAUAAUCAUAGCAAUCCACACUCUUCAUUAUUUCUCCAUUGCUGAAAAUAUCCAUGGUUUCUGUAUUUUUAUUGCUUUGCAUGGCUUUAUUGCUUGUUUUAUAAGGCAAUUGAACUUCUGCUGUGAACAAUUAUAAUAUUUUAAUUUAAUAAAAGACUUAAGACUUAAUUAAUAAAAAAGACUUAAGCAUUUUUUUUUUUUUUGCUCCUUCUCUCAUACAGUAAUCUUGUAUGAGGGCCGUUUAUUCAGAUUUUUAUUUAUUUAUUUUCUAUAUGCUGCAUGGCACAUGAUAAUAUAUAAAGAUGUAAUUUUUAUAGAAGUUAGAAAUUAUGUUGUGGUGGUUAUAAAAUAAAUUGGUUAGAGAUUAAUUAAUGUUAAAGAGUAUCAAUCAAAAGGUAAAAAAACAGAGAAAUUACAAAAUAUUGAAAAGAUGAAAGUUCCCUAAUGAAAUUUAUAAAAACUUUUGAGUGACCAGUUGUAGAAGAAUGUUGAAGUUCAUCAUUAAUUAUUCUUUGAAUUCAUUUAUUUGCAAAUAUUUGUUCUCUUUUCUUAUUAUUUAUACACCGUUGUACUGAAUGAUUCGUUAUAUAUCUAUUUCAUUUUCCAAUUAAAAAGCUUAGGUUGCCAUAUGAGUCAUGUCUUUCAUCAAAAACUAACUCUUGUUAAAUGGUAUUGUUUAUUGUCAAAAAUACGCAAGUCGUAUUGGAUAUGAUGAUAUGAAUACAUUCUUAUUAAUCGUAUCUACAGAAGUAUUGGUCAUACUUCUGAUUGUAUACAUAAAUAUGUUAAGUGGUACCUGAUAAAAUAUAGCUUUGGAAAGUUUUUAUUAUGAUAAAACAUUUUUUCUUAAAAAUCUGGUAUUAUAGAUUGAUUUGAUAAAAUUCAAAGCAACAAACUAGUUUUAUAUGCAAAUCAACUUUACUCAAAAUCUAUGAUCUAUGAUCUUGCAGAUUUUAUUAUAAAAAAAUUAAUGUAAUGUAAAGUCGUUGCCUCCUUUAUUUGUUAACCUAUUUUUCCUGUAAAAUUUUAUAAACUGUCCAAAUUCCUGUGAAGAUAGGCCUAUUAUCCUUGCAAACAGGAGAAUUAACAACCUUUACAUAUUAAUCAGGGAACUUAAGGUUUAUUCAGUGAAUCAUUUACAUAUAUAAUUGCAUGCUGAAGAACCAAUUUACAUUUAUCACAACUUGGACAUUUUAAGAAUUUAAUGUUUAAAUAUUCAACUUGUUUCUUAAAAUAUUCAAUCUAUAUUAUACAAUUGUACUGUUGCAAGUUUAUUGCAAUAAAGAUUGCAAAAAUACUGCCUUCUAUAACAGACAUAAGCAAUUUUACAGAAUAUUCAUUAAUUUAAUGGAUAUUAUUAAGAUAACAAAACAGAGAGAGUUGGGAGGAACUUAUAAUAAAUAUCAAAUGUUAAGAGUUUUUUCUUUCUGUCUACAAAAUUGAGUAAGUGAAGGUCAGGAUUAAUAUAGGUGGUGAUGAAGAAUUCCCAUUGAGUCAAAAUAAUAGAUCCCGCCAUGCUUUGAAGCAGUUUCUUCCCGAGAAACAUAAGAACAACAAGCUUCUUCAAAAUUUGUUCAUAAGAGAGAUGGUUACCUUAAUUCCAAACCAAAACUCUUUAACUAAAACUUUUCUAUCGCUUAUUCCUUUUUAUACUUUUCUUUGAAUAUGCUAUGGAUUUUAUAUAGAUUUUUUUUUUCUAUGCCUUUACUUUAACAUCCUUUUCCUGAUCCUUUAUUUUAAACCUUAUUAGGGGAUCUGCUAUUAGUGCCUCCUUUUCUGUUGCAGUUGGAAUGCUAAAAUAUACAUGAUCCUUGUUGAGUUUUCAGUCCUUGACAAUUAACUUUUAGGAAAUCCGGUGAAGAGCUACUUGCUUCUCUAUAUUAUUUUUGCUGAAGGUGGCAAGGAGCAUUUUGUUAUUAAGGCAUUUGCUAAAUUCAUGAUUUUCAUAUAUUCAUGAGAUUUCUGAUUCUCUAAAUAUGCUUCGAACUAUACAUUUAAAGUCGAAGCCUCUUAAAAGAUUUCUUUUGAAUCAACAUGAUAUUUUUUUUAAGAUAAAUGUCUUCUAUAUCUUUAAAGUUUUAUUUUAUUUUUUCGGUAGCACUUUUCGCAUGAUUAAUCUGGUGAUUGGCCUUCAUUGGGGCCGAGGGAAUUUACUAAUGAGGCAUAAAGGCCCACUUUGAACCAUAAAGGCAUCAUCUUCAGGAAGGUAUUCAAUCAAGGCUGACCGGGCGCUGUGAAGAACACUAUCCUACAGUGGCUUAAUAAUAUUAUUAAUAUAAUAUAAUAUUUUAUAUUACAUAUUAUUAU